AUGGAGAAACGAGAAGCUGUGAAGAAGGAGGUGAAACGUCGUAUAGAGGAAGAAGAAAAGGAGAAGGAGCGAAAGAAAGCUGAGGAGGAGAUUCGGAGAGAAACUGAAGAGUUGUUGGCGAUUCGAGCGAUCAGUCGUGCUGAAAGUCGUGCUGAAAUUUUUGUUGGAAGUCGUCCCGUUCCACGUGGAACUGGCUCAAUGCCAAGACUAGGUCGGCGAGUCAAAAAUUUCCAGUAUUUCAAGUGGGAUUCUGAGGAGGAGGUUCAAGCGAUUCCAGCGGAGUUUCGUCCACAAUCUAGAAGAAGCUUCACCCCAAUUCCACGCUCGCAAGGCUCUUGCGAGCUGUGCACACUGGCUCUUCGCUCUGUGGACAAGUCGGGCGGCCCAACGAAAAGUGCCGCGUGCGCUCAUGUCGACGCAUUCGUCGAGGCAUCUUCCCGUCACUAA